CCCUGUCGCCGUCCAGACGUCGUGUCACGCUCCGCGUUCCAGUUUAAGUUGAAACUGCGACACGGUUUCAUGCUCACGUCUGUCCACUUUUAUUAUUGUGCUUUUUUACAGUCUUAUUACAAGUCUUGAUCUCUUUGUUUCCUUGAUGUAACCAUCAAUCCAGCUAAAAUUAUAUUAUUUAACAACUAAACUUCAGUUUUAUUCAGUGAUAAAGUGGUUAUUUUAUUCAUACUAGACACAGUCGUUCAAAGAAAAAAAAAACACAUUCAGGUGAGAAAGUUUGGCUAGAAGUUGUGAAGACGUUGGACGACAAAGUUUAACAUAUAAAUCGAGAGAAAAAAAAAUCUAUCAAACUGGGAGACGGUAGAGGUAGACCAAAAAGAGUCAGGAUGGCUGACGAGAGUUUAGCAACACCUCCACCACCAAAGGAGCGCAGAUCCUGGCAUGUAACAAUACUGAUAGCAAAGAUUGUCGAAGUGAUUCUUGCUAUCGUCAUUGUUGGUCUUAUGGUAGAUCCAUUGAAUUCUUAUCAGAAAAUUUUCAACAGACCUCGAACGAAGCUGGAUGAUGUUGCUUUUGUUUAUGUCGCUGUAGCUGGUUAUUUACUCAUCAACGUCCUUUUUCUCAUUGGAUAUGUGCUAGGAGACAGAAUACCUAAGCGCACGCUCAUAAUGUUUUCUACCGUGGGAUGUGCUAUGCAUAUUGCUGCUGCUAGUGUGAUGGUUCAUACCUGGAGGAAAGCAAUGGGAUCAUAUUUGGACUUUCAUAACAAUGCAAUUCAUUCAAGCAAGCAAUACAAUGAUAUGAUAUUAUCAGGAGCAUUUUUCACAUUUGUUAAUGCUGCUGUUUUGGGUGCGGAUGUUUUUCUAACAAUAAAAUACUCGUAGCGGACUAUUCCGCGACAGUACGGCGUGUCCUUGCAAGAACUAGGUCGUUACUGAUCGCACAACUCGGAUCUAUAAUAUUUCAUAAAAUGUUAAACAAUUAGAGAUUUAUGAAAAACUAUUUUAUGUCAUAUAAAAAAAUGUUUAUGACAAUCAAGGCAACUGCCUAAAAGCUUGAAUGUACAAUGCUGUAACCCAAAGUUCAAACUUUUAAUUUGUUAAUUUUACUCCGUCCAUUUGAAAUUCAUUUUUAAAUUUUUUAAUAUUAACUUCAUAAUGAUAGAAAGAAAAUUUUUUUUUUUUAACAUUCAAUAGCACUUAAUUAAUAUGAUCUUAAAUCGUGAAUGAACGAUUGAACUGGAAUUGUACAUAAAUUUUUAUAAAUAUUCAUAACUAAAGUAUAUAUAUUAGAGGACAGUAUAGAGUAGAAAAAGACAUAUCAAUUGUUAUGCACCAUCUAAGGUUUUAGUUUAUGCAAAUAUGAAUUAUUUGAAGCCCGCAAUUAUUCCGUCCAUAAUAUGUAUCGAGCGUUUAUAAUAAUUAUUAUGAUAAAGAUAUAGCUCAUAGUGUAUAGUUUAAUAAAUGUACACACGUAUUUGCAAACAUUAGUACAAGAUAAAUUAUAGAUGUAAGUUUGAUGUGUAAUUUAAAAAUAUUUUUAAUUGUUUAC